GGUGUUUUGCGCGGAUGAAGGCUGCUGGGAUCCAAUAAAAUAAAUCUUUUGAAGCUGUGAAAUGAGAUGGUUGGGGAAGAAAGAAAAGAAAGAAAAACGGCGAGAAGAGGAGCACGUGUUCUAUUCGAGUGGUGACUGUGGUUGUUGGUCUGGGGAUGGCGCUUUCCAGAAUAACAACUGAACUGACGCAGUCUUGGAGUUUGGCGUGAAACCACGCGAAUGAUACCUAACUGCAAGUUACGUAAGGUAUUUUUGCCUGGGCGCUGCUAGUUCCUGCAGCCAUCCACCACCUCCAACCUCGAGAAUCUGGUAUCCCAAGGCAGUUAGUUGAUAAGCCGCUGCGCCCCAAUUCUGUUACAGUCUUUGAUGCGCAGUCCUAUUUUUCCUUAUCCUUGACAUCAUCCCCAAAACAGCAGCGCAAAGAGCCUCCCUCCUGAUUCUUGACUUUUUUUCUCCCGGCGACCUCGACACGGCAAGUGGCAAGCGACAAGCUACCAAAGAACCCGACAGCGAACCUGGGCGCGCGUCGCUUGUAUAAUCCGUAUCCGCCGCUGCCAUGGUGGUCGACACCACCUACUACGACAUCCUCGGCGUCAAGCCGACGGCUACCGAGCUUGAAAUCAAGAAGGCCUACCGGAAGCUCGCCAUCGUCCACCAUCCCGACAAGAACCCGAAUGACCCAACCGCCCACGCCAAGUUCCAGGAGAUCGGCGAGGCGUACCAGGUUCUGUCCAACGAAGACCUCCGCAAGGCCUACGACAAAUAUGGCAAGGAAUCUGCCCGCCCGUCCGAGGGCUUUGUCGAUCCCGCCGAGUUCUUCACCAGCAUAUUCGGCGGCGAGGCCUUUGUGGACUGGAUUGGCGAGAUCAGUUUGAUGAAGGACUUAACCGCCACCAUGGACAUCGCCUUGGCCGGCGCUGACGAGGAAGAGGCGGCCGCCGCUGCCGCCGACCCCUCCCACGACGGCGAGUUCCCCGGCACAGCGGAGGCCAUCAAGGAGAGCUUAAAGACGGCCGGAGACGCCGGUGCCGCGUCCUCUUCGACGGGCGAAAAGAAAGCGGCGCCGACGGUUGUGGUGGAGGAUGAGAAGGGUGCUGCCGCUACAGCAGACGCCCCGUAUCCGAAAUCACCUUCGCCAAGCCCCGGUUCUGGGACGUCAACACCACGGAACGGCCGCAGUACCCAAAUACCUCUGCGACCCGCUCUAAUGGACCGGCCGUCAGACGAAGCCGGCCCUCCGCAAGGAGAUACGGCAGUCCACCACAGCGGAAAGCGCAAGGACAAGAAGUCGAAGUCGGGCCUUACGAAGGAGCAGAAGGAGCAGCUGGCAGCGCUCGAAAGGGAGCGGGCCCGGGUCCGGCAGGAGCGUGUCGAAACGCUGGCGCGGAAACUGCUCGAACGCAUCUCGGUCUGGACAGAGACGGACAAGGGCAGGGACGUGACAAUGGCAUUCCAGGAGAAGAUCCGGUUAGAGGUCGAAGAGCUCAAGAUGGAGUCGUUCGGCCUCGACAUCCUGCACGCCAUCAGCGCCACCUACAUGAGCAAGGCCACGGCGCUGAUCCGCAGCCAGAAGUUCUUCGGCAUGGGCGGCUUCCUGAGCCGCAUGAAGGACAAGGGCACGCUGGUCAAGGAGACGUGGUACACCAUCAGCAGCGCCAUCGACGCCCAGCAGACCAUGGAGGAAAUGGCUCGGCUGGAGGAGCAGGGCGGCGAAGAGUGGACCGACGAGAAGAAGUCCGAGUACGAGCGGCGCGUGACGGGCAAGAUCCUGACGGCCGCCUGGCGGGGGAGCAAAUUCGAGAUCCAGAGCGUCCUGCGCGACGUCUGCGACCUCGUGCUGAGCGACAAGAAGGUGCCCCUGGCCAAGAGGCUGGAGCGGGCCGAGGCGCUCUACAUGAUUGGCGAGAUCUGCGGAAAUGCCAAGCGAAGCCCUGAAGAGGAGGGCGAUUACAUGGCUUUCGAGCAGCUGGUGGCCGAGGCCGCCAUCAAGAAGGAGAAGGAGUCCAAGAAGAAGGGCAAGGAGAAGAAGGACAAGGCCAACAAUCACAAGUUUGGCAGCAAGGCCUGGACCGAUGCCGCUUCGGCGGCCGCGCAGGAUGCGCCGAAUGUGCCAAAGCAGUGAAGGGCGGCGCAUAUAUAUAAAGAUAUAUAUUUAGUCGCUGCUGUACCGGUGCAGCAAGUGUCUGCCGUCAACCGGCCGGUUCGGGUUUGGAUGACAGGGGAGAACAUCCUGAUGGGUUUAGAUACACUGCCGCCUUGAUUGGGGCGGCCCCUUCACAUACUCCACUACUCCUUUACCUACCUCAUUCCUAAUGAGACAUAGAGUUUGAUUCUCUUGCUUGCGGUCGUUUUGGUCCAGGAAUACAUUACGAACUAGAUUGGAUCCUGCCGACCCAGAAUGCCUUUCACUCGAGACAUCACUUCUAAUCGCUGUGUGAGCCCUGGG